UGGCCGGUUUGUGAGAGCGUCCAAAUACAGACAUGUGUACGGUCAGCCGUUUAAGAAGGAGAUGUGCUAUGAGAACCUGAAGGUCACGAUCUCCGCGUUCGACAGCAACAUCGUCAAGUGCAAUGGCCGGUACCUGAGUGUCAACGCCAACGGCAUCGGUGCGUUUCUGGUGAUCCCCGUCGACGAGGUCGGCAAAGCCCCCGACAAGGUCCCGAUGUUCCGCGGCCACACCGGCGGCCUCGUGCUCGACACCGAUUUCGACCCGUUCCACGAGAACAGGCUGGCCUCUGCAGGCGAGGACGGCAAGAUCCUGUUGUGGGAGAUCCCGCCAGACUACACCUUCACCCACGUAGACCCGGACAACAUCCAGGACGUUGCGCCGGUGGCUUCCUUGACGGGCCAUUCCCGCAAAGUCGGCCACGUUCUCUACCAUCCGGUUGCCGAAAACGUUUUGGCGUCGUCCUCCUUCGACUACAGCGUCAAGCUGUGGAACUUGGACACCAAGCAGUGUGAGCGCACUUUGCAGCACAAGGACCUCGUGACCAGCUUCUGUUUCAACUAUGACGGGUCCAAGAUUGUCACCGCGUCUCGCGACAAGAAGAUCCGCGUCUGGGACGUUCACACGGGCAAGGUGCUCUCGGAGGGCCCAGGCCACACAGGAGCCAAGGCGCCGCGCGUGGCCUGGCUUGGAAAGCACGACAGAUUUGUCACCACCGGCUUCGACAGGUUCUCCGAGAGACAGCUGGGUGUUUGGAAGGCCGAUAAGGUCGAGGACGGCCCUGUGGGUGGGUUCUACUCUGUGGACGCGUCGUCGGGUGUGCUGAUGCCGUUUUUCGACGACUCCACAAAUAUCCUGUUUGUAGCCGGCAAGGGCGACGGCAACGUGAGAUACUACGAGUUCGAUAAGGACGAGCUGUAUCUGAUUUCGGAGUUCCCAUCUACGUCGCCGCAGCGUGGCUAUGCCAUUGGACCUAAGCGGUUUGUCAACGUGAGAGAGAACGAGAUUGUGCGCGCGUACAAGCUGCACAACGACAACAUUGUCGAGCCGAUCUCAUUUAUUGUUCCAAGACGCUCGGAGAUGUUCCAGGACGACAUCUAUCCGGACGCGCCGGCUGGUGUUCCUGCGCUUACGGCGGAGGAGUUCUUUGGGGGCAAGACGAGCGGUCCGGUUCUGGUGUCUAUGAGGGAUCUGUACGAGGGCUCUGAGGAACCUGCAACCUGCGUGGGGGAGACGCAGAAGGUGGAGGAGCCAAAGCCGGAGCCAAAGCCGGAGCCAAAGCCGGAGAAAGAGACACCACAGCCUCUGCGGCCAUUGCCUGCUACCGAGCCUGACCUCAAGAACAAGGAGGAGGUGACGACGCUUCUGAACAAAGUCAACGAAAUGUCCGACGACGACACACAGGACGUCGACGCGGACGACGAGGAGUGGCAGGAGGUGACGGAGAGGGAGGUGAAAGAGAAGCAGGAGAUUGAGGCCAAGGAGCCCGAGGGAGAAACUCAGGAAGCUGCCGCAGAAAACUCGAAGGAAGCAGUCGAGGAGCCUAAGCAAGCAAUCAAGGAUGUCAAGAAUAUCUCCAGCGAGGUUGUGUCUGACAAGGAAGCUGCAGCUCCAAAGACAGUUCCUGAAUCCGCCUCAUCCAGCUCGAUUUCCUCCUCCACCGUCCGAGCUGCGGGAGGCCUCAAAUCCUCCAUGGACAAACUACACGCUCUUGUGACUCAAUUGGAGUCUGCUGUGGAACAGCUACAGGCGGUCAACACAGCCAAAGAAGAGAGACUGGCCGCCUUAGAGGCCAAGAUCGACCAGCUACUAGCAAAGGCGGACUGAUAGACACACUAGUUCGGAAUUCCAUUUUGUACUUUUCCU